UUCUGCAGGAGAAGCGGAAGCAGAAGAAGAAGAAGAAGCAGCAGCAGCAGAAGAAGAAGCUGCAGCUUCGUCUCGUCUGUCCGUCUGAACGCGACUCUUCUCCGGGCAGGAACCCUCCGGACCCCCGGGGACCUCCACGCGAAGCAGCAGCUCCUCCGGCGAUGGCGAGGCCGAGCCACAGCGAUCAUGUCCUCCAGCAGCUCAACAACCAGCGGGAGUGGGGCUUCUUGUGCGAUUGCCUCAUCGCCAUCGGCGACAUCUACUUCCGGGCGCACAAAGCCGUCCUGGCGGCCUGCAGCUCUUACUUCAGGAUGAUGUUCAUCAGGGACCAGCAGGGGGCGGGGCGUCUGGACCUCAGCAACAUGCAGAUCAGCGCCGAGUGCUUCGACCUCAUUCUGCAGCUCAUGUACCUGGGUCGCAUUGUGGUGGGGAGCUACGAGUUCGAGGAGCUCAAGGCCUCCAUGGCGUACCUGCAGAUGUAUUAUAUCCCCGACUCGUUGGAGGAUCUCAGGGACAUCAGGAGCUCCAACCUCAACCCGUCCUCUUCGGCCUCCUCGGCCUCCAGUUCUUCCACCUGCCCCGCCGGUGGGAAGAUGAUGUUUGGAGUCCGCAUGUACGAGCAGCAGCGGCCCGCCGCACCAGAAGCGGAGCAGUUAACAAAAGCUGCCAGCAGCGCCGCCGGGCGCCCGGCUGUUCCAGCAACCAUCAGCAGACCGGUGGUGGUGGCGGAAGAGGCGGUGACUCAUCUGAUAGCGGCACCACCGGUGGUGGACGGGCUGGUAGAUCAGCCGUGUGACUUGAGAAAGAGACCCAGUGGCAGGAGUUCGGCCCUCAAAGAGCGGCCUCGGUUUGGUCGUACCUACACCUGCGACGACUGCGGCUUUGUCUUCAGCUGCGAGAAACUUUUAAUCGAACACAUCCUGACCUGCACCAACCGGAAGGCCUUCCACCAGCCGAGAGGCGGCGCCGAAGGCGACAACGACUCCAGCAAAGCCGAGAGCUCCGCCUCCGAGAGCAUAGAGGAACACCGGGUCGUCUGCAAAGGCGAGGACGACUGGCCCGAAGCCGAGGCCGACUCUGACCUCGCCAUCAGGACGGCAGUAGCUGGGACGGACGACGAGCCCGGGUCGACCCGAAGUACCUCCAUCAAGACGGAACCGGAAGAAAGCAUAAUCCCUGAGGUGGUCCGGGUGGGAGACUGUAGAGCACGGUUCAGUGACGCCACGCAUAAAGACCUGCAGAGGGAGAAAACUGGAUCAGACCGCAACCCAGAGCCCGGCGUCUCAGGUCUGGAUAACUGCAGCGAGCCCUUUGAAGGCCACAUGUCCAGCAGUGAAGAGUCGGGGAUCCCUGUAAAGCUCCGUAAGGUCAAAGAAGAGAAGCAGGAAGCCGACUGCGCCCCCUGUGAACUGUGUGGCGCUCUGUUGACGGAGGAAGACAAGUCGGCCCACUACCUGUCCAACCACAUGGGCCACAUAUGUGCCUGCGGGAGGUGUGGCCAGGUGCUGAUCAAAGGCCGCCAGCUGCAGGAGCAUGCGGAGCGCUGUGGCGAAUCUGACUCCCACGGGGAGGACGACAACAACUCUCUGCUGGAGGAGACGCAGGGAAUGGACGAGGCUCUGCUGGAGGCCUCCGACCUGGCCUGCCCCCACUGCGGCAUGCUGUUCCAGAACGAGAGCGCGGCCCUGGAGCACACCUUGUCCUGCCGCGACCAGGAGCUGUUCCGCCCGGCGCUGCUGGAGGAGGGUGGUGAACUGGACCACCGGCGCAAACACUUCUGCGGCAUCUGCGGCAAAGGGUUCUACCAGCGCUGCCACCUGCGGGAGCACUACACCGUCCACACAAAGGAGAAGCAGUUCACCUGUCAGACCUGCGGGAAGCAGUUCCUGCGGGAGCGCCAGCUCCGGCUGCACACCGACAUGCACAAAGGAAUGGCGCGCUACGUAUGCCCGGUCUGCGACCAGGGAACCUUCCUCAAACACGACCACGUCCGCCACAUGAUCUCCCACCUGUCGGCCGGGGAAACCAUCUGCCAAGUGUGUUUCCAGAUCUUCCCCGGCGGAGAACAGCUGGAGAAACACAUGGACGUCCACCUGUACAUCUGCGGCGUCUGCGGAGAGAAGUUCCGCCUCCGUAAAGACAUGAGGAGCCACUAUAACUCCAAGCACACCAAGAGGCUCUAGGAACCCGGUCUGGUACCUGAAGCCAUAAAUGUGAGAACAAAUUAAUGCACUUGACCACCAAAAAGACAAUCUGCACUUUUAACAUAUAUGCAUAACCGGAGCAGCGCGCUGAUUGGUCGCCACGACUCAGGUGUGCAGAGCUUUCUACUCCGAUCACAAGAUGCUUAAAGUCUGAAUCUACUAAAUGUUGCGGAAACAAUCUUGUUAAGAUGCAAUCAAGUUUAGUCGCCUGUUCACAGCUAACCAGUUAACUAUCUGGGCAGGUAACUGGUUAACAGGCUAGUCAUUUAACUAACUACCUGGGCAGGUAACUAACUAGAUGUUUAUUAGUUUUAAUAUUUAUGAAGAAGCUGGGAUAUUUUCAUGUUAGUCACCAAAUAGUUAUUGAUUGAUGGAAGUGAUCAGUUCUGGAUGGUGUUGCUCAGUGUGAACGCACCUUAAACCGGGGACUCUGGGUUAGUGGUCGGCUGUGUGCUCUGUGAUUGGUGCCUUGACUGUAACAGUGGUGCAUGCUGGGGGAUGAAUGGUCAAAGCCUAGGUGGUGAUGACACCAGAGGGGGGUCAGAACGAAGGGCCUUUUCCUUCAGUUCGAUCCGCUCUAAACUCGUCAGUCCUGCGCUGGAGGGGUUCCAGACCGCCACCCAGACCCGGUACAGGAAGGGGUCUCGGUGACAAAAUAACCUGGAGACCCGGACUUGGACUGACUUUGCGCUGUUCUGAAGGACGAAUGGUGGGUGGUGAUACUGAUCAUUGAUCAUUGAUCCAUAUUACCAGAUACUGAUGUCUUUGUUGUUUGAUUAUAGCAGCUGGUCCACAAGGAUCCAUAAUAUUUAUUAUUAUUAUUAUUAUUUCACCAUCGUCCCAAAAUUCAUUUCAACAGUAAACCAUCAACAAUUAUAAAUGUUAUACUUUUACAUAAAUAAUUUCUUUCUUCAUAAAAACACAACUAGUCGUUCUUGGUGUAAAGUUUAAUAAAGAGCUUUAGGAAGGAA